AUGGAUUCAAAAGUCUUGGGAAUUACCCUCUUCCCAAUUGAAUAUCACACCCGUGGUAGAGCUAUUUUUCAUCUUGGAUUCGGGUAUGACCAUGUGAAUGAUGAGUACAAAGUUUUGAAUAGGAUUAGGUUUUCAGAUCUAUGUGAUAGAGAUCAAUCGAGUUGGUAUGAUGAAGUCUACAUUUAUAGCUCAAAGCAGAACUCAUGGAGAAGGAUGAAGCAUUUUCCAUUUAAACUGUCGAACUACCACUAUUAUUGUGCCCUAGAUUGUGUCCUUGCUGAUGGUGCAUUACACUGGUUCAUGAGGGAAAGGCGAUUGAAUGGCGUUAUCUACAUCAUUUCCUUUGAUCUUAGCAAUGAAGAAUUUCAGAAAAUGCCUUGUCCAAUGAUACCAUGGCCUCUAGGUUAUUUUCAGCAUAACUUGAAGGUCUUGAAUGGAUCCCUUUGUUUAAUAUUGUACUAUGACGUAGGUGGAGGAUUUGGUGCUGAUAUCUGGGUGAUGGAAGAUUAUGGAGUGGAAAAAUCUUGGACCAAGUUAACUUCAGUUACAAUGCCUGGUUGGACAUUUUGGAGCUUGACGCCUCUAGCUUUAUCAAAGAACAAGAGGCAAUUACUUUUGCAGAUUGAUGGAGUAAAGCUUGUUCUUCAUGAUCUUGAAGCAAAACGUAUUAGUGAUUUAGCCACUAGAGGUGAUUUGAAGUUUUGUUGUUGA